AUGCCUGCAGCUUUGAGCAACGGUACUCAGCGGUCGGGACAAACUACUGUUCCCAAAAAGCUGGUUCUCUGUUUUGAUGGCACAGGAAACACUUUCACUGGCUCCAACUCCGACACCAACGUCGUGAAGAUAUUGAGUAAACUGGAUCGCAAUGAUCCAAAUCAGUAUCAUUACUACCAGACUGGUAUCGGCACAUAUGAUAUUAAUGACGAGUCUGUCAACAAAAGCUGGUUUGGUGAGAUGCGAAGCUCCAUCUCCCAAACUAUUGAUCAGGGAAUUGGCACGACCUUUGAUGCUCAUGUUCUUGCGGGCUAUCGAUUUCUCAUGCGUUACUACGAUUCUGGCGACAAGAUCUACAUGUUCGGUUUCAGCCGCGGCGCCUUUACGGCCAAGUUCCUGGCACGUAUGAUCCAUACUGUUGGUUUGCUCUGCAAAGGCAACGAGGAGAUGGUCCCCUUUGCCUACCGUCUUUAUCAGCGCUACCUGGCAGGCGAGGUCGAGGACUUUAUUGUCGCGCACCCCAAGAAGUCCAAGAAAGACAAUGGGAAACCUCCACAAGCUAAAGCUAAUGGAAACAACCAAACCCCAAUCAUGGAUGAUGACCAGGAGCCGCUCCAGGAUGGCCACCAAGAAGGCGAAGACCCAGUGGCCCAUGGACACAGAUAUGAAGUCGCUCGAGACGAGAUCGAAGCUUUCAGUGACACAUUCUGCCGCAAGGAGACGGUAAUGCACUGCGGACAGAUGGAGGAGUCUAACAUCAAGGUCUUCUUCCUGGGCAUUUGGGACUGUGUCAACUCCGUUGCCGUCUUAGAACGCACCACGCCUGUGCCGGUUCCAGUCGUAGGCACAGCCCACCAUGUCCGACAUGCUGUUGCUGUCGACGAACGCCGCGUCAAAUUCAAGGCGGCACUGCUCGCCCAAGAUAUCCGUGAUACUGAUCACACUCACGAAGAUAUCAAGGAGGUUUGGUUUCCAGGGUGUCACGGAGACGUGGGCGGCGGUUGGCCUGCUUCUGAUGAUCAUCCUCUUGAUAACCGAGGUGAGAUGACCUUCUGGGAGCGCGUCAAGAAUUUCUGGACGAGCCGCAAGAAUAAGGGACCUAGUAAAGCACUAGGGUGCGACCGUUUCCAGAUGAGCGACGUCCCGCUAGCGUGGAUGAUCCGUGAGGUCGAGCUUGUUGGCGAGCAAGAGCCGUCAGCAUCUCUCAAAUGGCGCGAAAGCGUACAUGCAUUCAAGGCUCGUUUUGCCAAGAAGAAGAAGCAAGCGCUCAAAGGAGUGAUACAUGACUCCCUCGCAUUUGGCUGCGGUACAGCCUUCUUCAGAGUCCUGUUAUGGAAGUUCAUGGGUAAGGAGAUCCCUGCUGCAUUUCCUAUCUGCUAUUGCAUACACUGA